AUGCUGCUGGGUUCCGCGCACCCCCACCCUCCCUUCGCGUACCCCCUGGAUCUGGUGCGCACGCGGCUCGCGGCGCAGACGGGUCGCGGGCGCGGCUACUACAGCGGCAUCGGCGGCACACUGCGGCGCAUCGUGACUGAGGAGGGCGCGUCGGGGCUGUACAGGGGCCUGGGGGCGACGCUGGUGCAGGUGGUCCCCAGCCUGGCCCUGAGCUUCACUGUGUAUGAGACGGCGCGCAACGCAGCCGCAGAGUGGGAGCAGCGGCGGGCGCACACGCACGCGGGCGCAUCGGGCGGCGUCUCGGCCGCCGAGGUCGGCAGGCGGGGUGGCGCAGGCGGCGCGGCGCCCGGACACACGGCAGCUGGCGGUGGCGGUGGCGAGUGGGACCUGGCUCAGGCGCUGGUGGACGGCAAGGAGGCUGCCAGCAGCAGCGAAACGAUGGAUGCUGCAGCCGCCUCCAGCAGCAGCAGCAGCAGUAGCAGCAGCAGCGGCAGCGGCGGCGGCAUCAGCAGCAGCAGCGGCGGCGUCUCUUUGCGAGGCGGGCAGGCGAGGCCAGGCGUGCAGCCGCCGCCGCCCGUGUCGACCGCCGCCAGCCUGGCGUGCGGCUGCCUGUCCGGCCUGGUGACCUCCACGGCCACCUUCCCCCUGGACGUGGUGCGGCGGCGCAUGCAGGUGCACGGCGCGGGCGGCGCGCGCGGCGGCGCCAGCUACGCGGGCGUGAUCCGGCAGAUCUGGUCCGCGCGGGGCGCAUCUGGGUUCUACGCGGGCAUAGCGGCGGAGUACUGCAAGGUGGUGCCCGGGGUGGCCAUAGCCUAUGGCACCUACGAGGCCAUGAAGGCCUGGACAAAGGCAGACUGA